GAGGACGAGGAAGGCCAAGGACAAUCAUUUCUGAUGAGAUCCGAGCCACUUUGGUUGACCAUGUGGUCAACCAUGGCCUAACAAUGAGGGAGGCUGGGCAAAGAGUACAGCCAAAUUUGAGCAGGUACACUGUAGCAUCCAUCAUCCGGACUUUCCGCAAUGAGAAUAGGUAAGAAAUCUACUCUCACUACAAAACUGCAGUACUGCAUAUCAAUACAGUACUCAAUGAGUACAGUAGUACAGUAUUACCUGUGGACUGUUCUGUAGGACAUUGUGUUUCGAGUAUUUGGGAAAUGUAUUCCUACACAGUAUUUACAGUAUUGCACUCUUUGUAUUGCAGAACUGAAAGAUUAUCAACAAGAGGUGGACGGGGCCGUCUUCUGUCUCCUGAACAGGAAACAGAGAUCAUGAACAUGGUUCUUGAAAAUAACGGCAUUACCUUACGGCAAAUACAAAGAAAAAUAAUAGAAAACAAUGAGAUAUUUCAAAAUAUUGAUAGGGUAAGUUUAUCAACGCUGGACCGUGUCUUGCACAGAAAUAAACUGAGGAUGAAGCAGGUCUACAGGGUGCCAUUUGAGCGCAAUUCAGAAAGAGUCAAAGAAUUGCGAUAUAACUAUGUGCAAAGAGUCCUUGAGCUGGAGGUGGAUGCAGUGGAGCACCAGUUCAUCUUCAUUGAUGAGGUUGGAUUCAACCUCACAAAAAGACGAAGGAGGGGAAGGAAUAUAAUCGGCCAGCGUGCCAUUGUUGAAGUCCCUGGCCAGCGCGGAGGGAACAUCACAAUGUGUGCAGCGAUGACCCACCAUGGCAUCAUCCAUCACCAUGCUACCCUUGGCCCCUACAACACUGCCCAUCUGAUCACAUUCCUGGACACCCUACACAACACACUCAUUCCACCAGAUCAGAUAGACGGCCCAGAGCAGCUCAGGUACGUUGUCAUUUGGGACAACGUAAAGCUUCCACCGGGCUGCUCUGGUUCAUAA